AUGCUUAUGUGUAUUUCAGACAAUGAUACAUCACUGAUCCUUCGUGACAUCUUUGCCUCUUACGACAAGAGAGUAAUACCUUUUACUGAUGGUCCCGUCGUGAUCAACAUGACAAUUGUGCUUGGAAUUCUGGUAGAAGUGAGAGAAAACGAGCAGCUCGCUGCUUAUGUAAUAUCGCAUACCCAGCGAUGGUAUGAUCGGCGGUUACGAUGGGAUCCAAGCCAUUACCGGGGACAAAAAGAGGUUAUCGUCCCUCAAAGCAUGGUCUGGAUACCAAAAUUAUUUGUCUAUAACAGGUGA